CCCGCCCCGGGGCCACGGCUAUGCGGGUGGCGGGUCCAGCCCCUGCCGCUGGCUCGGCUGCCGGUGCCGCCCGUCCUCCGCGGGGUCCCCGGGGCCGCCGCCGGGUGCGGCCGUCCUUCGUGGAUGAGUCGCUGUUCGGCCGGCCCGCGGGGGCCCGCUCGCCGCCGCCCGCCUUCCCGCCGCCCUGGGCGGCUCCGGCGGCUCCCUCGGCCCGCGGCUCCCGGCCCGGCAGCCAGUGCAGGUCCCGAAGCCACGCUCCGUCCUUCUGUGACGAGUCCCUGUUUGGUGCCAAGCCGCAGGGUCCUGCCUGGGCAGCUCCGCGGAUGAGGAAGGAAGAUGUAGCCAAGCUCCACUCGCUGCUCUGGAGCCCCCCGCCCGCCCCCCAGAGCCAGCCCGGCCUCUCCGCACACCGCAGGGGCGCUCCCCUGCGAGCCCUGCACCCGCCGGCCUCCGCGCCUCCCGCCGCAUCCGAGCCCGGCCGCCAGGAGAAGCUGCGUGCCUGGAGGCACCCCGGCAGCGAUGCUUGCCCCAAAGGCUGGGCUGCUCCAGGCAGAGGACGUUCCCAGUCUGUCAGCCGGCUGAGCGCACCCCCGGACAGGAUUCACCUUUCUUCCAACCUCGGCACAGAAAGGUGGAAGAACCAGAGCGCUCCAACAACCCCUGCAGCCCCCCAGGGCUCUCUGGUGAGGGGUCGGUCCAACAGCGUGUCUGGAUCUCCUGUGCCCAGGAAUGCCAAGGCAGCAGGUGGCUGCACAGCCAGACCCCCCUGGAAGUGAUGCCAAGUGUCCCUCUGGAUGUACAUACAGCCUUAGCCUAUCUGAGGCCUCCCUGAGGCCAAGCCCACGAGGACCCUGAGCUUUUCCGUGCUGGAAACAAAGGAUGGGGCUGUUCCAUGCUGGAAGACAAGCUGGGAGCCAGAGGUGACCACAGUGCUGGGAGCAGUGACCUCCUGGUUCAGGGCACACCCCCACGGCACCAGAGUGGGAGAGCCUUGGUGGGAACAGCUGCUUCCCGUGAUGUGCAGGGGUGUCAGAGGAGGUUCCUGCUGUCUGGGAAGUCCAGCCAGGAGGUUGGAGCAGCAGGGGACAGGAGUGCCCCCAGUGCAGUGCAGGGCCCAAUCAGGCACAGGGACAUUGAGGGACAGUGCAGCUCUGUGGGGACAGGCAGGGGCCCUGCAGCUCCCAGAAGAGGGGGUGCUGCUGGGGUGGGGUCCCAGGGGAGUCUGGCUGGGGCAGUUGGGGUUUGAGGGCCCUGACAGGGACCUUUGCUGAGCAUGUGUGGUGAGAGGAGACCUGCUCCAUCCCACCUGUGCUCAUGCCUCCAGGAAUGCAGGACAUCCCUAGUCUGACCUGCUCAAGGUGGGUCCAAGGUGGUAGAAACCCCUAGGAAUAGAGGCUGCACAGCCUCUCUGGCCUCCUUCCCACUGCUCCUCUGUCCUCGGGGUGAAAAUUCUCCCUGUAUCCAGUCAGAGCCUUUCUAGUUUGAUGUUGUCUCUGUUCUCUCAUUCUGCACCCGAGCACAAACCUUGGCCCAACCCUCAUGGCCACCUCCUCUUUGCAGGUGUUGAGGGGCUGCUGAGGCCCUCCCAAAGGUUCCCUUCUGCAGGAAAUGAGCUCCAUUCCCUCUGCCUCCAUGCACAGGAUGUGCCUUGGUGUCUCCCUGCUGUCCUUGCUUUGUGCCACCCACACCUUAUGGACUCCUCUGACAAAGCAGGACGAGGGAGGACGAGCACUGCCCUGUGUCCCGCUGGCAGCGGGGUGUCCCAGGCUGGAUGGGGUUUGUGACACAGAAGGAUCUGCCCAGGGAUUUUGGCAGCUCGUGGUGAUGAGGAGGUGCUGAGUAGAUCCAUAACUGUGUGGCUGAGGGUUGUGAGGUGCUCACAGCAGUGCCACGGUGUCACUAAAUAAGUGCUCUGAGACAAAUCUGGGAUCUCUGGGAUGCUGCUGAGGGAUCUGGGCACCUCCAAAGCUCCUCCACUUCCUUUGCUGAGGUGGGAAAGAGCAGCUCUGUGAAUGGAGGUGGAUAAAGGACACGGGGUGGGUGAUGUGGGGUUUGCAGUCACUGCUCCUUGGGGAGGGAGGCUGCAGUGAGGAGCUGCUGAGGUUCCGGGGAGUUUGGUAACUCCCAUGCCAAGGGAAACACUCAAGUUCACCCAAGGACACACCAAGCCAUGUUAAGAGCAUCGUUGUGCCCCCAGAAAUGAUUUUAUUGCACCUUGAACAGCAGCAGGAUCGAGCCUUGACUCACUCCAGCAGAUGGAGCUGGAGCCAGCCAGGAGCUUGCACUGAGGGGAAUUUCUGCUCAUUUCUGGGCCUGAUGGGAAGCAAGAAUAACCUGACAUUAUUAAAACCUGAGAAGGUGAGUGAGGAUCCUUCACUCCACACUCUCAGAUCUCUCCCAGUGCUUCCCACUGAGGCAAUCCAGCAGCUCUUCUCCAGCUGGGGUAAAAUUGGAGGGACAGGAAACAACUGUGGCCUUCUCAAGAGGAGGGGUUGGCAGUGCUGGUGUCAAUGUGAGCCUGAUCAGCUGUGUUUGGGAUGUGGGCACAGUGAGAACUGUGCAGGCUGUGAAGGCUGCAGGUGUCACUGGGCUGGGAGAGAGCCCAGAUGUGAUUUGGACACUAGAUGGAGACAAGAGGGUUGAGGAUUGACACAGGAGCAGGAAUGCUGUUCCAGCAGCAGCUGGGAGAUCCAGAGAGGCGAGUCCUCAGCAAACUGGGGGAACUACCCUGGAAUCUAAGCAGCAGAGAACUGAACCAGUGUGAUCCUGGAGAGCUGCAGUCCUUGAAAGAGGAAGCCUCUGAUUUUAAGGAGAGAUUUUAUCCGAAAAUCAAGUUAACAGUGGCCAGGAUUGGCCACUUUACCCCCACUGCUGUGCUCAGGGUACGAGGAAUCAGUGGGGGAAACUAGAGCCCAUCUCAUCAGCCACUCAUUCCUGUCCCACACUGGCCCAGGCUGUCACCAAGGCCUUCCACGAGGUCAAAACUGGCACUUCCUUGCUGUUUACACAUGAAGACAAUGUUGUUUAAGUAUAAAUGGGUUGUUUGCA